AUGUCUGCGAAGAAGAUCAUCACAGUGUUCGGCGCAACCGGCGCCCAAGGUGGGGCUGUCGUGUCGACCUUCCUCAGUGACCCCAAGCUGAAGAACGACUGGGCCGUCCGGGGUGUCACCCGAGAUGCCAGCAAAGACUCGGCCAAGAAGCUCGCCGAAAAGGGUGUCGAAGUCGUCGCUGCCGACAGCAAUGACAAGGCGUCGCUCGUCAAGGCCAUGAGCGGCUCCGACACCGUGUUCGCCGUCACCAACUACUGGGAGAAGCCCGACAUGAAGCUCGAGGAACAGCAAGGUCGCAAUCUCGCUGAUGCCGCCAAGGAGGCCGAUGUCCAGCACUUCAUCUGGAGCACUCUGUUGAACAUCACCGAACUGACCAAGGGCAAGCUCUCCAAGGUAUACCACUUUGACAGCAAGGCCCACGUGGAAGACUACGUGCGCUCGCUCGGCAUCCCCGCAUCGUUCUUCAUGCCGGGCUACUACAUGUCGAACAUAACGGGCUUCCAGUUCACGCAGUCGCCGCCGGACAACGCAUGGACUUUCAGCCUGCCCAUCGCGGCGUCGUCGCCGAUCCCCAUGUACGACACGGCCGACACGGGCAAGUACGUGAAAGCUAUGGUGCUGAAUAAGGACGCGCUGCUCGGGAAGCGGUUCAUCGGCACGACGGCGUACAUGACGGCACAAGAAGUCGUCGACGGCUUCAAGAAGGCCUUCCCCGAGACCGGCAAGACGGCCCGCUUCUACCAGUUGCCCGAGGACACGUUCCGCGGCUACAUGAGUGGCACGGGCGCGCCUGAUUUUGUGGUGGAUGAGAUGUAUGAGAACAUGGUGCUCAUGCAGGACUUCGGCUACUACGGCGGCUUGCCCCUCGACGAGACGCACAAGUAUGUCGAGGACCACCUGACAACGUGGGAGGAGCACAUGAAGGCGGCCAAGAACUUUGCGGAGCUGGAGUGA